AUGCCACAAAAGGCAAAGGCCAAACCCAAGGCUCAACAACAGCCUCCGCAGACCGAGCAUCAGAAAAUCGCAGAGCAAUGGGCCAAAGCUGAACGCGCUCGCGCUUCUCAGCAAGCUACCAAUGCGAAAUUCGGGCUCCCUGCCGCCGAAGAGAACGUCGAGGUUCUGGAGCGACGACGCGAGACCCUUGAUAAGAGGCGGCGUAAGACAUAUGAGAGGCGUUGGCGAUGGGCUGCUGGCUUUUGGGUCGUCUUAUUCGCUAUCCAUGCGCUCGGCAUCUGGCUCUUUACAAGUGGCUUCCUGUUGACACGACUCGUGCUGGACGACAAGUCGAACUGCACUCUGCCUCCAAUUGAGAAUACAAAGGGCUCGCUGAACGUUGACCGCGGCUGCUGGCAUCCAAAGUCGUUCGACCGAGCUGUUGUAGUUCUAAUUGACGCGCUACGCUACGACUUUACAGUCCCCGAGGAUCCGGCGCAGGCUCAGCACUUCCACAACGCUUUCCCCUACCUCUACGAGACCGCCGCCAAGUCGCCCCAGAAUGCCUUCCUUCGCCCUUUCAUCGCCGAUCCCCCGACGGCCACGAUGCAGAGACUCAAGGGUCUUACAACAGGAACGUUGCCGACCUUUGUUGAUGUUGGAAGCAACUUUGCUGGAGCGGCUAUCGAAGAGGAUAAUCUGUUGAUGCAGUUGAAGGAUGCUGGCAAGAAGAUUGCCCACCUUGGCGAUGACACGUGGUGGUCUCUCUUCCCUGGCUACUUCGAGCCCAACAUUAGCAAGGCUUACGACAGUUUUAACGUCUGGGAUCUCCACACUGUCGACAACGGUGUUAUCGACAACAUCUUCCCCCUCUUGAAGCCGGAUCGAAAGGGCGACUGGGACCUCCUCAUUGGACAUUGUCUUGGUGUUGAUCAUGCCGGUCACCGAUACGGACCUGAUCACCCCGCCAUGGGUUCCAAGCUCCGCCAGAUGAACGAGUUUAUUCGCAAGAUGGUUGAAAACAUAGAUGACAAGACACUUCUCGUUGUUAUGGGCGAUCACGGCAUGGACAGCAAGGGAGAUCACGGCGGCGAAAGCGACGACGAGGUUGAAGCUGCUCUGUGGAUGUACUCCAAGAAGCCCUUUUUUGGCAGAACUUCCUCUGAUUUUGCUGCUCCUCCAGCCAAUGCCAAGAUUCGACCCGUGAACCAGAUCGAUCUUGUUCCUACUCUCGCACUGCUUCUGGGUAUUCCUAUUCCCUUCAACAACUUGGGAGCACCCAUUGAGGAGGCAUUUGCUGGUGUCAAGGGCAACGACUGGCGUAAUCUCAAAGCUGUCUCGCGUAUUGCUGCAGCUGGUAUUGAGAAAUACCAGGCAGCUUACCACAAGGCCCGGGGUCUGGUUCAGGGCGAGGGUCUUGAGUCUCCCGCUGCUCUUUGGGAAGCCGCUCUCGCCAUUGCUAGGAAUGAUCGGGAUGCUUAUGUUGCCUUUUCCAAAUUCCAAGAAACUACGUUAUCUGUUUGCAAGGACCUCUGGGCUCGCUUCGACGUUCCCCGUAUGAUCAUGGGGAUCGUCGUAUUUGGCGUCGGCCUCAUCUUGCUCUUGAUGUACUCUUCUCGAGAAGAGGAGGACGAGUAUGUCAUUAUGAAUGACGCAGAACUCGACUAUGCUGAGAAGAAGCUGGAGAUCAUGGCCUUCAAGGAGGACGAGCCUGAGCCUGAGGAUAUCUUCCACAAGAACAUCCUCAAGGGUCUCUGGGACCCCAAGAUUCUCUUCACUGUUUCUGUUCUUACUGGUGUUGGUCUGUAUCGUCAACAACCUGUCGAGGGAGUCGUCGCGCUUGUUGCGGUGCUAUUCAUGGCUGGUCUCAGCUCAUCGCUCCACGAGGUGGGAAAAAGCAUUCUCAACGUCUUCCCCUCUUCAUUCUGGGGCUGGUUGGCUGUUAUCUUUACCGUCAGUCACUCGAUUGGAUUCGCGUCCAACUCGUACACAAUCUGGGAAGAUUCAAUCCUCCUUUUCUUCAUUACCACUUUUGGUGUAGCGAGCGCCGUCUCUGCGUUUCGCCUUGAGGCUCGUCGUGAGAAGUUCUUGGGCAUCUACCACUCUGUUGCUUUUAUUGUCCUCGGCCGUGUUGCCUCGUACUCAAAACUUUGCCGUGAGGAGCAGAUGCCUUACUGCACCUCUACCUACUAUGCUUCCUCGACUUCCUCCACCUCUGCGACAUGGCAGCUAAUCAUUCCUUUUACUGUAUGUCUUGUCCUUCCGGCUCUCAUCAAAUCUUUCCUUGUUACAAGCAGGUCGUACGAGGGUCUUGCUCCUACAUGGAUCGGCUACGUCGUUCGCGGGGGUCUUUUCCUUUCUGCUCUCUACUGGGUCAUUGAUGCUGCUGACAAUGGAGGCUGGCUUGAGGGACGACUCCCUGAGGGAACCCCGAAGACCAUCGGUGUGUACUUGGCCCAGAUGGUUCUUGCUCUGGCCUUCAUCGCCGGAAGCACUGCUUUUGUUUGGGCUCCUCCUAGCGUAUCCAUCCUCCAGUCGGCUGGAGCUGGUGGCCGCCCUGUUGUGACCAUCAUUGGAUACGGCAACGCUAUUGGUGCUCGUUACCUGUUGCUACCUCUCAACAUUCUGUUGGGUUGCUUCCUCCUAUCCAAGCCCAUGGGUGGUGGUGCGCUUGCUCUCAUGUUUUGGCAAAUCCUCACACUAGCUGAGCUUUUGGAUCUCAACGAACUCAAAUCAAGUCCUAUUGGGCCUGUCAUGCUGGCUAUCCUUGGAAACUUCUACUACUUCAAGACAGGCCACCAGGCUGUCCUGUCCAGCAUCCAGUGGGACAGCGCCUUCAUUCCUCUCUUCAGUAUCCGCUAUCCUUGGACACCCCUGGUUGUUAUCCUCAACAGCUUCGCCGGCCAGAUCAUUGCUGCUGCGUCCGUGCCGCUACUUUCUCUUUGGAAGGUUGGGCCGAAGCAGAAGGGGGUUUUGGAAACGGCCACUCGCGGCAUUGGUGUCUUUAUUGUUUACUACACCGUUGAAGCCCUGGCCACUAUGAGCUGGGCUGGCUGGCUUCGUCGUCACCUAAUGCUCUACCGGGUCUUCAGCCCUCGUUUUAUGCUGGCCGGCACUGUUCUUCUUGUGCUGGACCUGGUAACUAUCUUAGUUACGCUGACAGGUCUGCGAAGCAAUACUCUGUCUCUUGGAGAAGUGUUUGGAUGGGCUGACUAG